UUCCGGGGAAGCAGAACGGCCACAGAAGUCCUGUGCCGACAGAACUGUUCAUUGCCUGUGCCAUUGGAUUGUGUCAAGAGCUUAGAUUCCACAUUACUGAGACGUCAUUCAGAUCUCUCAUUGUCAAUUGAAAUUAGUGCGAUUUAGAAUAUGUAUCACCAACCUGUGCUGAAGAACCGACGAACACUGUUGGAGCGUGCUGAGAAGUUUAUUUCUGAUGUUUAUUUCACCGAUUGCAAUCUUAAAGGAAGGUUGUAUGGUGACACGUGUCCUUUAGAAACACUCUCUUCAUUCCUGACUGAAAAACGCAUUCAAUAUUCAGAGGCUGUGCAGCAGAAUUUUCAGCCAUGCAAAGUUGGUGACAGCUUUGGACCUACAUGGUGGACAUGUUGGUUUAAGGUCUUACUGACCAUUCCAGAUACCUGGAGAGGGAGUCAGGUGCAUCUCAGAUGGGAGAGUGAUGGAGAAGCAAUGGUGUGGCGAGAUGGACUGCCUGUUCAGGGUUUAACCAAAGAGGGUGAGAAGACCAGCUAUAUGCUGACAGAGAGCCUGAGGGAUGAUGAGCCACACAGUGUCACUCUCUAUGUAGAGCUGGCCUGUAAUGGACUUUUUGGUGCGGGUAAGGGAUCCAUGAUUGCAGCUCCUGACCCUGACAGGAAGUACACUCUUCAGACGGCGGAGCUUGUUGUGCUUAAUCACAAUGUCAGAGAACUUCUGACUGACUUUGAGAUGCUUGUGGAUAUUGUGAAGUGUCUGGGUGAGGGCGAGCAGCGUGGGUACCAGGCGCUCUUUACCGUAAAUGAGAUGGUGAACCUUUGUGACCCCGCCGACCCCAGUUCCUUUGCCGCCGCCCACGCCCUGGCCCAAAAGUUCUUCAGCCAGAAGAACGGACAAAGCCAACACACCGUCCAUGCCAUGGGCCACUGCCACAUCGACUCAGCUUGGCUAUGGCCAUAUGAGGAGACAAUCCGGAAGUGUGCUCGUAGCUGGGUGACGUCGAUUCGCCUCAUAGAGAAAAAUCCAGAGUUCAUUUUCACCUGCUCUCAGGCUCAGCAGUUUGAGUGGGUGAAGAGCUGGUACCCAGGCCUUUACUCACAGAUCAAACAUUUUGUGCAGAAGGGGCAAUUCAUCCCAGUCGGAGGCACAUGGGUGGAAAUGGAUGGAAACCUUCCCUCUGGAGAGUCCAUGGUCAGGCAGUUUCUAGAGGGCCAACGUUUCUUCCAUCAAGAGUUUGGGAGAUACUGCACAGAGUUCUGGCUGCCGGACACGUUUGGCUACUCCUCGCAGCUCCCGCAGAUCAUGCAGGGCAGUGGGAUCACUCGGUUCCUGACUCAGAAGCUCAGCUGGAACCUGGUCAACACCUUCCCUCACAACACCUUUUUCUGGGAAGGGCUGGACGGCUCGCGUGUCAUCACCCAUUUCCCCCCUGGGAACUCCUAUGAAAUGAAGGGCAAAGUUGAGGAUCUAACCAACACUUUGAAAAACAACAAAGAUAAAGGACGAGCCAAUCAUAGCGCGGUCCUGUUUGGUUUCGGGGAUGGAGGCGGUGGCCCUACCCAGCUCAUGCUGGACAGACUCAAGCGAAUCCAGGACACAGAUGGUCUGCCAAGGGUCCAGAUGUCCAGCCCAGACAAGCUGUUCUCUGAGCUUCAGUCUGACUCAAGCCUCCUCUGCACCUGGUCUGGAGAGCUCUUCCUGGAACUUCACAAUGGCACAUACACAACGCAAGCACAGAUCAAGCUGGGAAAUCGCCAAUGUGAAGCCCUGCUUCAUGAUGUGGAGGUGGCCAGCAGCCUGGCACUGUGCUGGAACCAGACCUUCCAGUACCCAUCCGCCAAGCUGCAGGAGCUGUGGAGGCUUCUGUUGCUCAAUCAGUUCCAUGAUGUGAUCCCAGGCUCCUGCAUUGAGAUGGUGGUGCAGGACGCUCUGGGCUACUACCAGGACAUCCGCCGUGCUGGGGCCAGGCUGCUAGAGGAGGCCUGUGGGGCGCUGUGGACUGAAGCUCAGAGGGGCGGAGCCUCCGCCAUCGCCGCUCUGAACACCCUGCCGUGGGAGCGCACUGAGGUGAUCUCACUGCCAGGAGGUGUACCUGAGCCCCCAAGACUCGCGCUGGUGAAAGUUCCAAGCAUUGGUGUUGCAGCUGUAAUUGAGUCUGUCCUGCCUGCAUGCCCCGUCUCUGUCAUAGCUCAGGCUGAUGGCACCAUCCUCAUGGAGAAUGGGACCCUGAAGGUGGUUAUCGAUAGGUCUGGCCGUCUAGUCUCCCUCCGGCUGGUGGAAGCAAACAGAGAGACCAUAUCUGAUGGUUGCUGUGGGAACCAGUUUGUUUUGUUUGACGACGUACCCCUAUACUGGGAUGCUUGGGAUGUUAUGGACUACCACCUUCAGACUAGGAAGCCUGUGGUGGAGGUGGUGGGGCCAGUGGAGGUGGGGAGUCCAGGAGGAUUGCGGGGCAGUGUGAAGUUCACUCUGAGGAUCAGUGGGAGGAGUUCUCUGAUCCAGGAGAUCAUCCUGGAUGCUUCAUGUCCUUACGUCAAGUUCAGGACAAAGGUGGACUGGAUGGAAUCACACAAGUUCCUGAAGGUGGAGUUUCCUGUGCGAGUGCGAAGCCCCAACGCCACCUACGAGAUCCAGUUUGGCCACCUGCAGAGACCCACACACAGGAACACGUCCUGGGACUGGGCCCGCUUUGAGGUGUGGGGCCACAAGUGGUCGGAUCUGUCUGAGCACGGCUUCGGAGUCGCGGUGCUGAACGACUGCAAAUACGGCCACUCGGUUCAUGGGAACACCAUCACCCUGUCUCUGCUACGUGCCCCAAAGUUACCAGAUGCUAACGCAGACAUGGGGCAGCAUGAAUUUACCUAUGCAGUGAUGCCCCAUACUGGUUCUUUUCAGGAAGCGUCUGUCAUCCAGUGUGCCUACAACUUGAACUACCCGCUGCGUCUGAUCCCCAACGCCCCCGAGGGCUGCAGCUGGAGCGCCUUUUCAGUCAGCUCACCCGCCGUUGUCCUUGAGACAGUAAAACAGGGCGAGGACAGGAAGGAUGCUCUGGUCAUCCGGCUCUACGAGUCGCAUGGAAGCAGCGUAUCAGUUACUCUCACCACCUGCCUGCCCAUUCGCAAGGCUUGUCACUGUGAUCUUCUGGAGCGCCCCAAUUGGUCAUGUCCUGUACCAGUCACAGACGCUGGAAUCUCCCUGAGUUUCAGCCCCUUCCAGAUUUUGUCCCUUCUGCUCCUUCUAAAGUGAAAGCCAGUUGGAAAUACCAUCAGGGUGUCUUAAGGGGCAUAUGUCAAAAGCCAUAAAUUAAGGGAAAACAAAACAACUCGUGUUUAAAUAUUAAGAUAUUUCUUAGCAACUACAUCAGACUUGAGCAAGAAAUCAUAAAACAUUAACUGAUCUUACAGGUCAAACUACUUUUUUGAAAUUGACAAAAUUUGUACUUUACAAUAUAAAGCAAUUUAAUUCUCCGAACACUGGAGAAUGCUGCCCUUGUUCUAUAUUUUAUUUUUCAUCCCACUCCCACAGAACUAAAUCUGAAUCCAACCGCAUAUACAGCAUGAUAGUGUAAAAAGGUUAUUUUUGCUUUUUUUAUAUACAAACUUUUUCAAAGGUACAAUAGUCACAAACAGCAUUAAAUUUGUACACAGUACAAUCUGUAUCAAGUACAAACAGUAUUAAAAUGCUGCUAGCAGUAGUUGGUCUCUUUCAGCCCGUUAGCUGUCUCUGGCACUUCUCCUGGUAACUCGCCUUCUCAGUGUCCGUGUACCUAAAAUAGAAUUUAAUCUGAAUCAAUCACAGUUUCCAAAAUGUUUAAUCUCAAGGACCCUUAAAAUGGCUACCCUGUAUAUAUGAAAGUCUAAAAUAUACAUAAAUAUUCUUUAAAUGGAACAUAUUUGUUUCAUUUGGCUGGGAACCCUUUGGGAUUCCACAGACCCAUUUUGGAACCCCUGAAUUUGUACGUGCAUACAAAAACGAAAUCAGCACAAGUGUAUGGUACAGUCAUUGAACUACAGUAUGAAACCAUUGUUUACUCAUGUCCUGUCGUGCAUUUGCUCGGGGGGGGGGGGGGGCAGGAGGGGCGGGAAGGGUUUUGUGGCGUUGCACCUGCACUUUCGUGUGUACGUUUUGACCCCAUACCUGUCUGCGUUUGGACCACUUCCUGCUUCCUCUGUCUGCCUCUUUUUGGCCGCAUUUCAUCCUGGGUUUCCUUUUCCUUCUUCACCCUCUUCUCCUGUUUUACAUCCUUUUUGGUCACUCGGGCCUGUUUCUUUUUUGGCAACUAAUAAAAGCACAUUAUAAUUCUUUUAAGGAA